AUGGAAGACAACCACAUCUACCAAUACUCCCUCCUCAACGCCUUGAUGGACGGCGUUAGCGAAACCGGCAUAUCGGUCUUUAAACUCGCAUCAAAAGGCAACCAAGGCCUCGGCACCUUCGCACGAAUGAACGGCGAGCUCUUAUUCCUGGACGGAAAAGUCUACCAACUGCAAGCCGAAGGCAACAUCCGCGAAGCAGACGAGACAGACCAGAUACCGUUCGCUGUCAGCACGCAGUUCGUCUCUCAGCAGACCAAGGAGGUUCAACUUGACGACAAGAACGACAUCGAUGCCCUUCUCAACACGUUCAACGACCACGCGGCGAAUCUGUUCAUGAGCUACCGGAUCAAUGGCCGUUUCGAAUACCUGAAAUGCCGAACCGUGCGCGGGCAGGAGUACAAGGGACAGCCGCUUUCGGAGCUGGGGAAGAAGCAGUCUGUGGAGACGUAUGAGAAUGUGGACGGGACCAUUAUUGGAUUCCGAACGCCGAAGAACUGGCAAGGUUUUGGUGUGGCGGAAAUAACUGCGAAGAACGUGGAGAUGCAGAUGGCAGUGGCGUCGAACGUGCAUGUUGAGCUGCCGACAAGCGAUGACUUCAAUGCGGCGAAACUGGUUACGGAUGAUGCUGGGGUGAAAGAAGUGGAGGGUUAG